AAAGUAAACAGUAAAUACAAAUUGUUUGUUUUUCCCUAAAUCCGCAUGAUAUCGUUUGAAUUGUUAUUUAUUGAGAUGAUAAUAUGUACAUUGAUUCUUAGUUUUGACAUUGGCUACAAAGAACCUGAAAUCAAUAAAAAUUGGGUGGCGAAACUUUAGUAUUUUUGAAGAAUGGUGCGAGUAAUAUCAGUUCAUCAUUUUGCAAAUCAGGACAUCCAUAAAUGUGAGGAACCAUUGGCAGUAACUACUGCUCCACCUGAUCGUUUGCUGUUGGCUCAGGCCCAGCAUGCUGUUGAAGUUCGUGGCUUAGCUGAGGGUGGAGAUGUUCUGUUCACUUUUCCUACUGUAGAUGAAGUACGUCAGAUGGUGUAUUGCUGUAAUGGUGACUACAUUGCAGCCCUUGAAUGCAAGCAAAAUCGCCAAGGUACAAUCUCCAACUAUGUACGAAUUUACUGUAAAUGGGACAUAGUUAAUAACCCUCCAGACAGCACAUUUCUACAGCAGCCAAUGCGUGCAAGAAUUGCUGGUCAGGUAACACCAAGCAGUGCACAGAUCAGUUCAGGAGGAUUGGAAAUGAUCGAACUGCCUUUGAAAAGAGACCCAAAUGCAGUUGCUUGUUGCCAGGUAACUGGAAAUUUGAUUGUAGUCCUUGACAGAACUUUGGUGCUUUAUUAUUUUAAAGUGAGGGCACAUGAUAUAUCAAGACAGAAAUUUAUAGAUUUUGAAGAAUCUCCAGUAAGUUUGGAAAUGUGUUUCACACCAAUGAAAGUUGAAAUGUGUGAGGAUAUUGUAGCUUGCAUGUCCAAACAGUAUCUGCAUGUGUUCAAAGUGGGACAGUUGGAAAAAGAAAAAAUCGUGCAGAAUACUUGCAUUAAAAAUGAGAAGGACAAUGGGACCAAGAAAGAAACAGAUUCUGAAAUUAACUGGGAUUCUCUGCUGGAAGCAGAAUUCAAUAAAAAUUUAGCAAAAGGCAGAGAUGCUUUUGAAGACAACUGGGUUGAGAAGCUCCACAAUAAUUCAUUUCCUCUUACUAUCCACCUGCCAGGAAUAACAACUCAGCAGGGUCAUUGUUCAACAAAUACUCCAACAAAUGAUGGCACACCAUAUAGAAACAUGCCAUUUAAAGUAGCUCCAUUGGAAAUGACAAUUAAUGUGAAGUGUUCAUCACCAUCUGAGGGCCCUUCUGAGGAAACUAGUGUUACAAAUCUGCUACAACUACAGCUGUAUUCACCAGAAGCUGGAGAUUCAAAUAUGGGUGUGCUUGUUGGUCCUGAAGAAUUUCGUUGUUUAGUGGUGAAGCCAAUGUACCUCAGACAAGCUAAACCCCUCCAAAACCAAAAAUCAAACAAGAAAAUAUCAACAAACCACCCAAUGCGGUCACCUUAUUACAAAAAUCUUGGAAGUGUGGUUUGUUUUGUUGCUACACAACAAGAAGGUUUUCUUUAUCAUUUCCCAAUGAUAGCAUCAAGAGAACCCUUGAAGUUACAACAGGCAGCUUGUGUCUCUGUCUAUCCAUUUACAGCACCUGUGUUGCACAUAGCUUUGGAGAGCUAUUUGCUUCAUGCCCUUACAGAAAUGGGACUGGAAACUUACACCUUGAAAUCUUCUCAUCAGUUAAUAAGGGAAAAUGAGUCACUGGACAGUGCUAUGUCUAGAAAAUCUGAUGACCCCGUGUGUUUGGUUGGAUUGCGACCUUUCCUUGGUGUGGAACAUUUAUUGCUUUCUGAUUCAUAUUUAUCACUGUUGGCUUGUUCAGAAGGAUCCAGCAUUAGUAGCCAAGAUUCUCAUAGCACAAACUGGACUUUAUAUUCACUUAGAGUUCCUAGUCCACUAACACUCUAUAAUGAUAUUAUGACUGUUGCAUCACAACACCGUUGGUCAAGUCCUGCAACAUAUUGUCAUCUGUUGACAGAAGCUCACACAAUUUUGCAGAUAGCUGCCCAUACUGUGUCAUGGCUCUCAAAGCAGCACCAUUCAGUUGGCAUAAUUACACCAAAUAUGAAGAAUGAUGAAGCAACCCAACUUGAAGAUACGCUAAGAGAAUCAUGUGCUCUGCUUGGAGAUUAUUAUAUAAAUUGUGAUUGUGAAGAAGACUGGACACUUGCAGCUCACUAUUACAAAAUGACUGGCUUCAGCCCCAUAAACAUUAUAGAAAGGGUGAAAAACCUUGAAAUUCCAAAGGAGACUGAUAUAGAGUGGAAAAAAGAGAACCAGCUGAAAGCAUUGAUGAAGUAUUUGAAGACCAGUUUAUUAUUCAUGCAUCAUAAUUCAGACAGCUCAUUUAAUCCAUCCAUCCAAGAUUUUACAAAUACUUUACUGGAUCUGUUUGAGAAGUAUAGUCCAUCUGAAGUUUCUACACUUGUCCUUCAUUCUGCUCUGUUGAGAGAGUAUGCUACUGACAGGGUUCUGAAUGUCAUGAAAAAACAGCUAUCUGUCAGACCAGUGCCCAAGUCAAGUGACGCAUUAGCCUUAGUUUUGUUAUGCAUCCAGAAGGGAUCACCAGAACAAGCAAAUGCUGUCUUGAGCUCUUUUGAACCAAACCAACUUUCAGCUAUACUUUUUGAAAAUAGUAUGCUUCUGUUUGAGACAACUACACCAGUGAAGUCUACAAGCAAGCACGAUUCUGUGUACAGUAGCAGAAGGAAUGACCAAUUAACAACAUUUUCAGAGUUGUCUGUUGUUCUGAUGGAUUCAAAACCUAGAGUACUUGCAGGAGUGUUAUCAGAGUUGGUUGCAUCACAGAAAAUGUCGCUGCAGGAGGUUUUGCAAGUUUUUUUGGAGUAUCUCCCAUCUAGAAUUGGUAUUUCUGGAUCAUCAGCAAGUCUUGUUUUACAAGUUUUCCUGGAAAACUAUUUUGGGCAUUAUUUUGAAUUGUAUCCAGAUUGUGACUUCAAAUCUGUGUAUGAUCUUCCUGUUAUUGAAGCACUGAAAAUACUGGUGAGGUCUUACCUGAGUGACCUCCAGUGCUAUAAUCUUGCUAGUAAAAAGAAUACCAGUGACAAAAGUUGCACACCUGAAACUCCAGAAGUUAAAGAUAGUGCAGAUAAAUCAGCAGUUCUCUUUGAAAGUUGUCGCUUUGUGUUCCUUCAAAAAAUGCCUCCAUUUGCUCCUAAUUUGUCUGAAAAGCUUCUAGCGCAUCAGAGAGGUGAAACCACAGAUCCAAAAAUUCAACCAUCAGAUGAAGAUAAAGGCCACAAAAAUGAAAGUCUUGUUAAACUUCAGUGCCUUCUUUGCUCUGGGAAACUUCCAAAGGAGUGUGUUGUGGAAGUUUACCAAUUUGUUCAAACACACCCACAACUUCAUGGAAACCUCAGCCUCCAGGUCCUGUGUGUAUCAACAAAGGAAGCAACGAAUGUUUUGCUGAAUUUCUGUCCUCAAACACUGCUGCAGUUUGCCAAAGACAGAUAUACUGUUGACAGUGAGUACAAACAUUUGUUGUCAUUGUUACACAAGAAAAUCAGUGCAUUGUCUGAUGAGUUACUGAAGCCAUACUACAUGCGAGUAAUGAAUGAAAUUUUAACGUACUUGGCCCAGACAUAUCCCUUGGAAUCUCUAUGCCAAAUGUUACCUGCUGGAACAGAGUCUCAGUAUGCUAGUUUUAUCCACAUGGGCCAACAAGUAACACAUGCCAAUCACAUCAGAUCACUUAUAAUGAUUACUGGCCGACAGCUGUUAGGAACUCUGAAGUUAUGAACUUUUAUGUACCUUCCAGCGUUUUCUUUCCCACUAUUGUAUUUAUUAUUUAAGUUUGCAAUAUGAUAUUUACAUUUCAGGUAUUUAACUGAAAAUACAGUCUAGUGGCAGCUCUAGUGCAUUAUAAGGCUGUGAAAUUAUGCCUGUAUUAGUUGUAAAACAGUGUAUGAAUAUGUUUAUAAACAGUUUACAAUCAUUAUAGCAAUUGUGGCAUUAUAUUGGACUGCCACAUCUAUAAAACAUAAUAUAUAAGCCAAGGACCUUCCACCAUUGUGUUCCUUUUUUAUUCUAUUGACUUCAAGAUUUUGCACCACUAUUAGCAUUUUAAAAGCAACAUAUCACUUUUUGGUAUUUCUUAAAAAUUUUACAGUACUCAAAAGUUAUUACAUGUAUGGUAAAUGAACUGUAACUGGUAGAAUUAUAUUUUAUAAAGAAGCCCACUGUGAGCUCAUACAUAGCAGGAGCUAUUCUUGAUCACUUGAUAACAUAAAGCCAUUUUCAAAUCCAAAGAGCUUUUUAAGCAGUAUGUAGAGUGCAGCAAUCACAGAAAAUGCCUUUGGGGACAUGAGCUACAGUUUGCUAUUAUUAUUAUUGUUAAGUUUCUUGCCUUAGAAAAAAAUUGAGGAUGCCUGUGAAAUAAUUUACAGAUGUCUAAAACAAAGUAGUGAGUGAUACUUUUUCUGUUGUUAAAUUAGGUGAUGAGAAAUGUGGUAGUUAGUGUUAUAAAUAAGUACGAUGAUUAGUGAGCAUCAUGUACUCUGAUGGGUGGUGAAAGUGAAUAUAAAACACACUGAAUUCAGCGUCAUAUUAUACCAUCCACAUCUGAACUAGACAGCAAAAGACUUCCAUAGAAAAUAGUUGCACAAUGCACAAUUGCUGUCAGUGAAUAACUUCUGAGCCAUAAAAAACAGUAAUAAAUUGUACAAUACUGGAAAGUAGCUUGUUUCUCUCUCUCUCUCUCUCUCUCUCUCUCUCUCUCUCUCUCUCUCUCUCUGUCUCUCUCUGUCUCUCUCUCUCUCAGACUUAAUACAGUUGUGGUGCCACUGGUAAGUACAAUUAUGCACUUGUGUUUCUAAGUAAUUAAUGUUCUUUGCAGUAGAAAUAUAUCAGUGUGGAAUUCAUUGAAAUAUAGAGUGAGAAUAACAGAAGUGAAAAAUAGGACAGUGUGUUUUAAUUUACAGUAUUGGUAAAUAGCCUGGUAACAAUUGUACAGUAUACUAAGGAUAAAUCUCAAAAAAUUUAACGAUAGCUUUUAUUAAGAUGAAAGCCUUUCUUUUUAAUGCCGAGAGAGAGAGAUUAAACUCAUCAUUUCAUUUAACAAAUGUCAGGGCUUUAGGAAUGUUUGUUAAUGCAAAUUUGUAACAUUUGUGACUUUUUUAUAGAAGCAAAAUGCAUUAAAAUCAUCAAAAUUGCAGUUAAAUAUCGAAAUCAUACAAAGCUUUGCUUCUUUAGCAGUGGAAGGAAGUCCCACAAUCAAAAGAUAAUAUGACAUUUUUCACAAACUGUGAAAGUUGAUCACCAUCUACUAACACAAAAUGCAGAAAGAAAGAAAAAGGCAGACGCUGUUACUAUUACUUGAACAAAUACAUCAUGGAAGUGUUUUGAGUGCAACUCAUUCACUACAGUAUGAGAAACAAUCCCAUUUAUAAUUUAUAAUUACAUAUGUAAUUAUUAAAAUGAGAAACACCGCCUAUCAAUCCUACAAAUAAUGUGACACUUGAAGCAUUAAGUCAAAGGAUUAAAAAAUAAAGAACUUUUCUCCCUCUCUCUCUCUCUCUCUCUCUCUCUCUCUCUCUCUCUCUCUCUCAAUAUUGAUUAUGUUAACACAUAUCUCAUAAAUUCCAGCAAUGAAACAUGAACACCAUUAUGUUUCCCUCAUUCCCAGUAAAUCAUAUACUUGGGUUGUUUGGGCAUUGAAGUAUAUCUUGAGUGUUGAUUUUAGACCAAUGUGAGAGGUACAUAACUGUGUACCAUUCAAAGUAGCUUGGAAUCAGCACCCAAAAUAUGUUUCAAUGUAGUCAGACUGACAAGAUAGAUUUAAUGAUUUACUGGAAAUUAGAGAAACAUAAGGCUGCUGAAGUUUCAUCUAAUCUAUCUAACUUAUUGCUAUCUGUUAAAAUGUUCUCAACAUUUAAAGACUACAGUGGAUAUAAUUUUUAAUAUGAUGCCACUUAAAUAUGCAGUACAUUUGUUUGCAUCUGAGGUUUCCCUUUCGAGUAACUUGUCACUUUAGUUGGCACCUAAAGUUGUGUGCCCUCAUAGUCACUUGUAUUAUUGGUCUUUAAGAUGUUCCUAAAACAUAGCUACUCAUUGAAAAAAUAAAGUUAUCAUAAUAAAAAAAAUUGCCCUUUCUUCCUUUGUCACACGAUUUGAAUUCUUAUCUAUUUUUUUCAGUUACCAGAAACUGUAAUCUGUGUUGGGAGGGAUUUUUGAAACUAAACUUUCAUGGAAAAUUAAAAUUGUAAUCUGAAUUAGUAAAUUAAACCAGGUUGCUAACAUCCAAUUGCAAUAAGCCCAACUGAAUCAACAAACUAAUGACAUUACCACUUACCAAAAAUCCAUCAGUGCCAGAAGUCUUGCACACAAGUGAACUUAAAGGCUAAUUUUUAUAUCUGCUUCCAGUACAUGUGUCUCUUUGCACAGCAAUGCUUCAUGAAGAGUGCCAUAGCUGAUGUUCUAUUUUAUAAUAGUUGAUGGCUGGUUUCUCCGUGAUGAUGUCUUCUUUUAUUGUUUUUUGCAUUUUCUUUCAUUGGAUGAUGUCGCUUCUCAAAGUGUUUUAAGCAGUUAUUAUUAACUGAAUUGGAAGAGUGUGAUAGUGGUGCUCAUUGUGGUUAAUUAUGUUUGGAAAACCCAAAGAAUAUUUAAGAUGAACUUUAAAGAAAUGGGGAAGCUGUUAAAAACAAUUUUAGCUGAAAUGUACAGAAAAAGUUGUGUAUGGUGAUUCUUCUCCUUCCUGUUUUUGUUUGAGUAAGUGACAGCCUCUGCAGAGUAGCUGUUUUGAAUGCUGCACUGUUUACACAAACUAAUUGAAAGAUGGUCUUAAGAAUCUAUUGUGAAGAUUGGUACUGUUUCUCAGAAUUAGAAUUUAAAAUGAUGAGAAAAAUGGAAUGAACUUGCCCAUUACUUCUAGAGCAAUAUUCCAUUGAAAUAUGCAUCUCAAAAACAAAAAUAAUUUUUAAUGUUGAAGGUUUUGAUGUUGGUGUAAUGUAUAUUCAUAAAAAUUAUGAGAAAAUUCAUACUUUUGCAGUUUGUGAGCUUCUCUCCACUGCUAAAUUUAAAGUAAAACAAGCAUCUUCUGGAGAUGAGAUAUACAUCGGUACAUUAACUGGAAUUAACUGAACAUACAAUGAUAACAACAGAAAUCCUUAGCACAGAAAGCUUUUGUUUGCAUUUUGUGCGGCCUCAUACUUUUUGUAGUUACGGGUAUAUCAGUAACAGUGCUAUAUAAAUGAAUCAUGAUUGGUAAGCAGUGAUCUUAAAUGCAGGUUGUAAUUACAGAGCAAAGUCUUCCUGCUGGCUAAGAAGAAAAUUAAGUUUUUGACAUCAUAACAGUGAAUUGCUCCUCUUUAUAACCUGAGAGUAUUUUUGAUGUGAUGUGACUGCAUAGUAAACUUUCCUAAGUUUUAUGGAAAUGAUAUAUGAUGAAUGUCUGCCAUUUUCCAUGAUAUGCCAGUAGUUAGUUAAUGUGUUCAGUAACAGUUCUCUUUAACUGUUAAAAGCCUUUCAGUCUAGUGCCUUUACCAGAGUUUUAACUAUACUGUACAAAAUAUUUCUGUUCAUUGCACUUCAGAUUCUGUCUUUUAUUUAUGAUGUAAAGUCUGUAGUAAUAUACAUGUGUUUCAUUUGAGGUUGUUAAUUUAGUGGUUUACAAGGGCUAAAGUUUGAAAUAAGGAAUCUAUGUCAAUAAUUUGGGUUCAGACCAUAAAUGAGAAAAGUUAUAAUUUUGUUAUAGUUUGUUCUUGUGCACCAACUCUGAAGUAUGUAGAACUGUGUUAGUUUACUGUAAAUUAUAUCACUGUACAUCUUGUACUGUGCAUAUCUCAUGUUAUAGUAUUUGUUUCAUUUGUGUACUAGUCUUCCACGUUAAAUAAAAUAAUUUAUUAAUAUA